AUGUAUGGGUACGAUGCUGGUGUCCUUGGUGGUGUCCAAGAAACGAAGCCAUUCAGAGACGCUCUCGGGAACCCCACUGGAACCUACAUCAUUCCCAUGAUCGCUUCUAGCUACACCCUCGCUGCCACAGUCUGUGCGCUAUUCACCUCGAUCAUAGGGAUGCCACUGGGACGACGUGGAUGUAUCCUUCUGGGGGAUAUUCUCGUCAUCAUCGGGGGGAGUCUGCAGGCUUCGGCGUGGUCGGUUGCCCAAAUAAUUGCUGGCCGGGUAAUAUGUGGAUUCGGCAUCGGGUUCCAACUUACAUGGUACGUUCACAAGCCAGGACGACUUCAGAUUGAACAGAGUGCUGAUUCAGGCCAGGCCGAGAUGAGUGUAAGCACCAAGCAGCGUGGCCCUGAAGUAGGUGUCCAGUGUAUCUUCCUGGUCGGUGGUUGCGCGGUGGCAUAUUGGGUGGACUUUGGCUUCACUAGGAUGGAUAAUCAAGUCUCUUGGCGCGUCCCAAUUGGCUUACAGACCGUAUUUGCCCUGGGGUCUGGGAUUGGCAUGUUUCUCCUCCCUGACACCCCCCGCUGGUACUACGCUCGCGGUCGGUAUGAAGAAGGAGACAACAUCCUGGCGCGACUGCACGACUGUCCAGUCACCGACGAGGUUGUGCAGGACAUGAGACAAUCCAUCGUAUCUUCCAUUGAGUUUGAGGAGGAAUCUAAAAGUUUCAGUGUCUCGGAUUUGUUCUGGGAUAGAACGGAACUUCGAGUCGGCCACCGCAUUCGAGUGGCAUUUCUGCUGCUCAGUAUGCAGCAGAUGAUGGGAAUCAACCUGUCCGUUUACUACAGCACCAUCAUCUUUGGGCAGAUCGGUUUAUCAUCCUUCAUGUCCCAGCUCCUGGCAGCGGUCAUGAACACAACCUUUGCUGCUGGGUCGUUUUUCCUCCCGGGUACAAUUGAGAGGUUUGGGCGACGUAGCAUCAUGAUCUACUCUGCGGCAGGGCUGACCGUCUGCAUGGCGGUCUUUGUAGCGAUGAUUGGAUCUCCUCACCCAACACUCGCUACCCAGUGGACGGCAGUUGCCGCUGCAUUUCUCUACAAUUUCAUUUUUGGAUACGGUUGGAUCGGCGUCUGUUGGUUGUAUGGCCCUGAGAUUGCGCCCCUUCGGUUUCGCCAUGUGGGUGGCGCUGCAACGGCAUUUGGUGAAUGGCUCUUCUGCUUUAUCACGGUGUUUGCCGGGGGAAUUGGCCUGCAAAAUGUUGGGUGGAAGAUGUGGUUGUGGUGUCUUCUGUCUUGUGCUUUAGCGGUUCCGUUUGUAUACUUUCUCUGUCCGGAAACAACUGGGAAAACGCUUGAGGAGAUUGAUCUGCUGUUUGCAAAGGUCGACUCGGGAAAUCCGUCGCUGGAGCUGGGCUCUCACGGCAGUCACUUGAAGGAAGCCUCGGAGAUUGAGCAUGAAGAGCGGGUUUAG